AUGUCGAUCAGGACUUCUGAAGAACUCAAAAAGCUAAAGGCAGGUUUCUGUUUUGAAAUUAUACACGUUACAAAUCCUAACUUACUGUAGUAGGCCUUUCCGUAGGUGCGGUAUAAACUUUCACUCAUGCUCAAUUGCUCUACUGAACUGUCAUUUGAUGGAUUUGCUGGAUUAAUCCGGUGGUCGAUGUCCAAUGCAUUUUAUUUUCAUAGUUUAGUUACCUGUUGGUAGCAUUUUUCGAUUUCCCUUCACCGUACCGCAAAUACUUGAGAAGUAUGUCGAUUACAACUAAAAUGGAGGCGGCAUGCUGCAGUACGAUAUCUGAGUCACUUGAACCACUCUCCUCUCUUUAAUUUUAUAGUUAUAUAUUAUCGACGAGAAUUAUAACUGCUGUUGACUGUUUUAGUGAUCCAGCCACCUGACAAGGUCUUUCUAGUUAUUUCGCAUUUCCACGCUAGUUAUCGAAGUUCGCCUUCUCCGGAGACACUUUAGAAAUCGACUGUCUCAAACUUGAAGGAGCCAUCAAGGCUUCCCUGUAGCUUACAGACAUCCCCUGCGGCGCUACCUUAAUUUCAGACCGUUAAUCGCGAGACUGUGCGAUGUAUGCAGUCGAACGUUUGCAAACUCCUAACGCCCCCUUGCCUACAUUAAUACCUAGACGUUUUGUAGAAUUGUAGCGGCCAAGGACGUCAAGGGUAGCACACAACCACGUAACGGAAUAUCGAUAAAGAGAUCCUGGCAUGUGUUGAUCUGAAUACGAUGGUUAGCAGUUCACGAUACUCAUCCACACAUAAAGGAAGAAGAAGCGAUCAGCGGACGGAAGAUAUAAUGAACAGAAAAGGGAAUGGAAAAGAUGUAUAAUGACAGUUAAAAGUACAGACGGGAUGAGUUACAACAGUCGAGUGACCUGUCUGGAUGGAGAGGCGAAGCCAACAUGCCAGCUGGAAAACCGGUGGGGAGCGCAGCGCUGGGGGCAACUGCAGGGAAGGGCCGAGGGAGUUGCCGAUGUAGUGAGGGAAGCGGUACGAACGUUACGACACGAUACGGAGCAGGGAUCGGCGGAAGAGAGUGGAAGGGACACCGAUCAUCUUCACCAACAUGCGGCUACGCCAUCUCCAACCUAGGCCCGCGCGCCAAAAGUGCCACAGCAUUCAAACAACCCUGUACAGAUCACGGGACGUUACAGAAUCCCGAAAAGUUGUUUGCUCAGCAGUCCAUUUACCUUAACACUCGAUACGAUUAGUCAUGCAGCGGUUGUGUAACACGUGGACACGAUCUUCUGGUCUAAAGAAGGACUCCAGGCCACCGAACUCUGCAGUCCCGUGAUUUUGGCUGUUUUUCGGACGAAGGACGACCUGAAUCCAACAUGUAACCGCAACUGGGGCAUGUUGUCUACCAUGGAGUCCCAUUAUACUCAAGGGAAAUUUGAUCAACAAAGCACCUAGGGGGUUUUGUUUUCCAACAAUAUUGUACAUGCCGUUCGAUUAUGCGUUACGAUGGUCUGCGCUGUCUUAGGACCAACAUUUAAGAAUUACAAAGCCCAUGCACAAGUUAAAUCGACACCUUCAUUACGCCAUAGAUUCACUUCUAGUUUGCGGCCUCACCAAUCUCGCUAGGCAGUAGUGGACCUUGUUGCAUUCUGUGCUACAAAUACCCUAUAAGGUCGAGGUGCCCGCCUACGUGGGGGAUAAGCAGUCCCCCUUAUGCGGCCUGAGCUGUCAGAGUGAAGUUUGCUUAUUUCGUUUAGUUUAAGCUGCGUCGAUUCGUGAUACGGAGUCGAAUAACCAACUGGUCAGUCAAAGCACCAACUCAUCUACGGGAUUUCUAACAUGUUGACGUCAGUGGAAAACAACGGGAAGGGGGGGGGAAGUAGGGUCAUUCCUCCCUAUCCUUUCCCCCCGACUGAACAACGGGUGCACAUUUAACCUGUCACGUCCUAACUCCCAUGCCUUGAACGGCGUGACACCUGUUCUGACACUGAAAGCUAUAUUUCUUCCCAAGGAGUCAUUUUAGUAACCCUGACGAUAAGACUGCCAGGACAUACUGAGUCUGAUUUCUGCGUGAAGAGAAAGCAGCACGUGUGUAGCAUGUGUAGCCCGAGUUGACUGUCUGAUCAUCCAUGGCGCCCAGCCUCGCCCGGUCUUGCUGCGUAAUCAUUGUGAUUAUGGAAACGGAGGUUGAGACCGAUGUAUAAUAGAAGAAGUCAGCAUCGAGGAAGGGAAGUUAUUGCUCUGUGCCUUUAUUAGAGCAAUGGGGCAAACAACUUAGGUGUGAAAAAUGACCAGUUAGGUUCACCUCGUACCUCUACAAACGACCGAAUUGACACAUUCCCACGAGGCACUGAUCAUUUGGCUCGUCUACGUCCUCCAAAUUGACGUGAUUUUCGCCUAGGUAACCCGUAUCUCUGGGCUUCCAUGUCGAUCAUUUUUCUCCUUUCUGGGACAAUAAUGACCUAUGCGGUAGGGUGAGCUGACUAUCACAUGCAAGGAGAGACAAGAGCACCUGGUUCAUGUUUACAUGGCGUCAUCGGAGGUUCAUUCGGCCCCAGCGUCCUGAUACUUCUUGGCGAUGACCGGUUAGGUAAUUUUGACCAUUGAAAGCGUCUUCCCUUCUAUGAACGCGUAGCAAGCUUCUUCUAUGAGUUUAACUUUUGGAGGGAUUUUAACUAAACUAUGGCCUUCUUUCUGUCUUUCGCUCGCGCCUUCCCUUUUUGAGACUGCAUUUGUUUUAGACUAUUUUGACUAGAAAGUCCUUUACCCAAACACCUUAUUACCCCUCCACUUCUCAUCAAGGUAAAUUUCCUGCCUAACACUUACUUUCCUGACUAACUUUACGUCUGGUUUCCCCUUCCAGUUAGCCGAGUUAAAGAAGAUCUGCAGUGAGCUCGACCUGCCGACAAAUGGAUCUAAACUUGAACUAGUUGAGCGCAUUGUGUGUCAUGAUGGUGAGUUUGCAUUUCGUAUAAGUGGCCGUCCAGCCAUAAUAUGUAGCACAGGCCAGUCCUGUUUGAGCAUCUGAUCCGUCUUCUUACGAACUGUGUUCUCUUCUUCUCACAGAUGGCCAGUAGUAGUAGUUGCCCAAGUAGUGGCAGUAGUAGUUGUGGUAGUUGUGUGGCCUGCACGCAGUCUUCUUUAAUACCCAACCUAUAUUUGGAGUCGAUGCACCUGUUUAUCAGAAUCCCCCCGUCUUCCGCGUCGUUUCACUGAAUGCGGUUUGAUUCCUCGCGGUAAGAUUAGUAGCUUAUAACUGAUGUUUUACCAUUCCUGGACCCUCUGCGUCCAGUCUUCUCGAUCGUUGUACGGACUCCAGACUAAUCUGGAUCUUUGACUUUCACACAUUCGUCAAGUUUUGUGGUCACCUGGCUGUGUCUUCUUUGUCUUGAAAAACCGUACUACUUUUGUGUUGGAAGUACGCUCGCCGAUGGGGUUAGGGGACAUGCUCGUACCGUUUUGCCUUGGGGCUCAAUGCAACCCAACCGGUAAACGAACUGUCAACACAACGGACAGGCCAACGGGUCCGUGGCCCCGUUGGUAGGGCGUUGGAUUUAUUAACGCACGAUGACUAAAUAGCUAGGCUGGAGAUUCAGGUGCGACAAAACCUGGCUCUGGGUGUGGCUGGCUGGCGACGGCAAAUAAUCCAGAAAUGGCCAUCCACAGUCUCCUUUUUCUUUGUUGUGACUUCUUUUAGCAUCCCUUUUGUGACGUAAUGCGAUUUAUUCGUUAUGCAGCAUUUAAACGGUCAUAUUCAAGCGCUUUCAAAUCAAACGGACAAACACAUUCUCUGAAACAGUUUUGUUUACAAACGGCUGAUGCUAAGAAGUUGACAGGGAUUAUCCACAGAUCAAGCAAUGGGGUAAUAAGCAUAGAAUAUAUCAGAUUAAGCACUCAGAGCUUUUCGGUAUUUCACGUACUUAUACUACUGACACCCGAGUAUCUGCCCUUUCCCACCCUCCCGUGGGAUCUAAGCAUUGAUGUCGUUAGCCAGAGUAGGAUUUCAUGUAGCCCCCGCUUUAGGCGCGCUCUUCCAAAGAUCAUUUGCGACGCCUAUGCAUAGAGAACGCCAUUGAGUACAGCAAAUGAUGAGCAGGCUUGGAACCGUUAAAUUAUGCCACCUUGUUUCGGCUUUCCCCUGAACUCUGUUUUUUUGUAUGCUUCCCCAGACAAACCCAUUGUGACGCUGCAACCAGACGAUGAGGCAGAGCUGUUGGACAACGUGAGUGACACAGCAGAGACCGACAUAGGGGUUUCUCUGGAAGCCCCGAUGGAAUCUCCCGUCCACGAACCUGCGCCACCGCCACCGACGACCGCAAAACAGCAGGCAACUCGUGGCCUCAAGCGUCGAGCGGAGGAGGCAGUCGAAGAAGACGAUGGAGUGACUGUGGCAGUUAAAAAACCCACCCUAGUUGCUCCGCCUCCAGUUGAGCCACCAGCUCCUACUAAAUCCAACUCUACAGCACCAACAUCGGUUUCACAUGUCACAUCAGAGGAGGAGGCAAGUCUACCCUUAUGUUGUUCGCUUCCCCCUGACUCCUUUGACUGCACUUUAGAUUAAACAACUCCGGGCUACUGAACGUUUAUCAGUAGACGCGCGAUUUGUAUCUAUAAUACGAAAGAGUGGCGAAAAAACUCGGACAGCGCGGGUUGACCAUGGCCGAGCUAGAUACUCAGUUUAACUCGUGCUUCCUGAAGCAAAAUUAAUCCGAAAUAUCAGUAACUUCUUGGUGGUGUGUCUGUACGCAAGUGCAUAAAAACAGACCACACUCAUUAAAGAGAUAAAGGUUUAAGAAGGUUAAGUAAAGCAAAACCCAUUGAAUUCUGAAGACGAAGAUGCGAUCACUGGAACAGGAAAUUUAUUGGCCUGAAGUUUCGGAUUCUCACUCGAAUCCAUCAUUAGAGACAUUCGCAGAUAAAGGUGAUGGUGGCACAGGGAGUGCAGUAUGUAUAGCACGUUGCUGCCGUGGGACCAUGUGCGCGCUGUAAUUAACAGCUCUCGCAAACACCGCCGCGGUCGUAAUUGAUGCGGUGGUGGCUUGUCCGUCCGAGUCCGAGUCGUUAAUGGCCGUGAUUUCGUCAUCCGUGCUGGAUGCUGGUGUGACGAUUGCUCGGCAAAUUGAGUUACUAUCACUGGGAUAAUUGCUCGCGCGCGCCCUCUCCACGUGACUGAUUCUCCUGCCCAGGGAAAAUCGCAGUACGGAAUAGGGUACCGGGAGUUCAUUGUGCUUGUUGAUGGAUUGCGGGCCUGAGAACCACGACUCGAGCAGCUCGCGGCUCACGCGGUUGUCACCGCUUGCGAGGAUUUCCGCCUCUUGAAAUUUGAAAAUAUGGCCGGGUCCCGUCGAGUGUGCCGCCAUCUGAGAGUUAGCGUCUCCCCGCCUCACUGCUGCUGCGUGCUCGGUAAUUCACGUACAGACUAAUCUCCCAGUUUCUCCGACAUAGUUGCUUUGUCCGCAACUACACCAGAUCCGGUAAACGACUCCAGACGUUUCCUGCCGUGGCAGCGGGUCAUUUGGCCUCAUGACUUGACGCCUAAUGGUUGCUUCCGGCCGGUGUGCAACCCCAACUCCAAUUGGAGUGAGAAGACGACUGACGACUUCCGAGACGUUCUUCACGUACAGAAAAGCCCGCCAACAUUUGGGGCCGGUUGGAUUUGGUCUCUGGUGUCGUUUUCGUAUGCACUGGUUGACAAAGUUGCGCGGGGAACCAUUGGCUCUCAUUACCCGUCGAAGAUAUUGUAAUUCAGCAACCUUGUCUGCCAUUUCACUGCAGUGCGUCUCAACGCGCCGGUAGAGGUGGGGAGCCGGUCUAACACGUCGGGGAUGGCCAGAAUGUCUUCAAUAAGUGUACCUGAUACUGCUGUGAUCAUGCCUGAUCUAGCCGGCCUCGAUAAUGUCACUGAUGGCACUUCUCCACGCGUGACUGUUCGCGGCACGUCUGAUCCUGCCGCGUCCGAGGUAUUAUAGGUUUUGCUGCAAGAUAAUCGGUUUUGCAACCGCGCCCAAGUAAUCUUUCCUAAUCGAAAACGCAUUUCAGGAUCCUAGCCAACAUUUAAUGUGAUCGGUCACUCACUGUAUAAUGUGUCCAGGGACCGAAUGUGAUUUCUAAAUCACCACCCAGAUGCCCGUUUACUUUGCUUCCGGCCGCCCAGUCUCCCUUACGGUUGUGAAUGCUGGGCUGUGCGCGUGUGUGAUGAGCGAAGACUGAAGGUAUUAGUCCACUGCUGCCGCGAACAGUCACGCGUGGAGAAGUGCCAUCAAUGACAUUAUCGAGGCCGGCUAGAUCAGGCAUGAUCACAGCUGUAUCAGGUACACUUACUGAAGACAUUCUGACCAUCCCCGACGUGUUAGACCGGCUCCCCACCUCUCGUCGAGCAGAACGCAAACUCAGUUAAAUAAUCGACUAUGUCUAAAUAAUACUUGUUAGUUGAAGUCCUGCCAAGAAACGUUAGUUGUAUUGUGUUACGCAGUGGAGGUUGACUGCGUCUGAGCAUUUUGUGUGACGUAUACAUUGAUAUGCCUACUGGUGCAUUGCUUCUAAGAACACACGGCUGUCAGGUGUCAAAGAUGCGAGUUUCCACUCAUGCGAAUGUAAGUCUUGCGUUCAGUGUCUAUGUGGGACAAGUGGUCUCGUCUCCUCACUCCCAGUCGAUGUGCAUGUAUACGACUGGAGACAGAUUUCUCAGUAUGACCGCGAUCGAUUGCGUCACAGCGGGCACGCGGCUUCCGUAGACGACUUCUUUACUGUCGAAGCAGACAAGGAUGUCCGCAAGGCGAACAAUUGGAGUGCCAAAGUAAUUGAUUUGUGUGCUCCACGUUUCUGGUUUUUUUUCAGCUGUCAUUAGACAAGCUCGGUAAAUUUUUCACAGUAGAGUCUUCUUCAGAUACUUGGUUUUGAUGUCUGACCCUCCCGCUCCCUUUUGACUGUUUUGAUUAAUAAUAUUUUUAGACGCACACUACUGGCUUUCCCUACUGAGUAGUUUCUUACUGUUUCUGCCGUUUCUGUCUGUUUCUAGCGUAUUGCCAAGCGCGCCGAGCGUUUUGGCUUGUCGACUGGUGGCGCGCGUCCUACGGCCAACGGGCUAAGAGAAGAGAAGAUGCUCCAGCGAGCUAAACGAUUCGGGUUGCCGGUGGAUAAGGUGGCGGUCUCGCUGUCAGACGAGGAGAAGCGGAAGGCUCGUGCAGGGCGCUUUGGGGAGGUGACCGGCCCCAAACCCUCUUCUGUGAGCAAUACACGAUGACCAAUUAUUUUGUCGUUAUAAAAACUGACUACUUGUACUAAUUAAGUGAUAAUUUUACGUAUGUAGGAAAAUGAUGAGAUUAAAAAAGCCAGACGCCUCGAGAAGUUCGGCAUGACUGCUGUGACUGCCGGUCAGCCGACUUCGAAGGCGGAGCAGGAGAAGCGAAACGCUCGGGCAGCGCGGUUUGGUCUGACGUCGUCCUUAUCAUCUACUUCCUCCUUCUCCUCCACCUCAGUGGAUCCCGAGAAACUGCGACAACGUGCCCAGCGUUUUGGCCUGACGCCCGGUCCAGCCUAA